AUGGAAGGAUUGGAAUCAGUCUACGCUCAAGCUAUGUAUGGAAUGACCCGAGAGAGCAAAAUCAUGGAGCAUCAAGGAUCAGAUUUGAUCUGGGGAGGAAAUGAGCUAAUGGCUCGAGAACAACUCUGUUGUUCUUCUACUUCUUCUCACCAACUCAUUAAUCCAACUCUUAGCAGCUGUUUCAUGUCCGAUCUUGGAGUCAUAAGCGAGAUCCAACAUCUUCAACACGUUGGAAACAGAGCUACAUCGAUAGAUCCAUCAUCGCUCGAUUGUUUGUUAUCAGCGACGACGAACAGCAACAACACAUCGACGGAAGACGACGAAGGAAUUUCUGUGCUGUUCUCAGAUUGUCAGACUCUAUGGAGCUUUGGUGGAGUCUCAUCUGCAGAGUCCGAGAACAGAGAGAUCAAUACAGAGACGACAAUAAAGCCUAAGUCUUUGAAGAGAAACAGAGGAGGAGACGAGUCAGGAAGUCACUUCCGUCUUGUUCAUCAUCCUCAAGAUGACUCGGAGAAGGGAAAUUUCAAGCUUAUUUACGAUAAGAAUCAGUCGAAAUCGAAGAAACCGAGAACGGAGAAAGAACGAGGCGGUUCUUCAAACAUCAGUUUCCAACAUUCAUCUUCAUUGUCUGACAAUGUCGAGCCAGACGCAGAAGCGAUUGCGCAGAUGAAAGAGAUGAUAUACAGAGCAGCUGCGUUUAGACCGGUGAAUUUCGGAUUGGAGAUUGUGGAGAAACCUAAGAGAAAGAACGUGAAGAUAUCGACGGAUCCUCAGACGGUUGCAGCGAGGCAGAGAAGAGAGAGGAUAAGCGAGAAAAUUAGGGUUUUGCAGACAUUGGUUCCAGGUGGGACUAAGAUGGACACAGCUUCGAUGCUUGAUGAGGCUGCUAAUUAUCUCAAGUUCCUUAGAGCGCAAGUAAAGGCUUUAGAAAACUUGAGACCCAAGCUUGACCCAACCAGUCUCUCCUUCUCCUCUGUUUCUCCUGCGUUUCCGUUAUUCCACCCAUCUCUUCUCCCAUUGCAAAACCCUAAUCAGAUCCAUCAUCAUCCAGAGUGUUGA